AUGACUAGACGAAGGGAACAUGCAAGAACAAAUAGGGAAGAAAAUGCAAAUCAAGAAGCUCCUCCUCAAGAUCCUCAAGUUUCGGUCGAUCCUUUGACUGGGCAAGUCACUAAUGCAAAGUUUAGGGGUAUGUUUCAGGUGCUAGUUCAAGUCGUGACAGCCCAAGCUAGUAGGGAGGUUGUGGCUCCUCUGUACCCAAAUUUGGGUACAACGACAACUAUAGUGAGAGACUUCACUAGAUUGAAUCCUCUGGAGUGUCAUGGUUUUAAGUUCACACAAUUAUCUCGAUAUGCCCCUACUAUGAUUGCCGAUCCUAGGGCAAGGAUUAAUAAGUUUGUUUCAGGUGUUUCCGGGAUGGGAUUUAAGGAAUGUAGUACCGCUAUGCUUAUCAAUGAUAGGGACAUUUCUCGUCUCAUGGUCCACACUCAAAAAAUUGAAGAGGAGAAACUUAAGGAAACGUCUAGGGAGGUAAAAAUGGCUAGGACUGGUGAUGGUUCCGAUAACGGGUUUCCAGAGAAGGUUCAUCCAAUGCUCCUGCCAAGUUUAACAAGGAUAGGCGGAAAACUUAAGGAAGGGUCUAGGGAGGGAAAGAGGGCUAAUACCGGUGAUGGUAACUUCUCACACUCAAGGUCAAGUGGACAUGGUCGUUCUAUGUUCCGACAAAGGUUUUGCGGCCAAGGUUCAUCUAAUGCUCCUACUAAGUUAAACAAAAAUAGGGUUUCUAACCAUAAGCCUCAUAGAGGAAACGGUAGUGGAUCUUCAUUGCCUACUUCUGGUAAGUGUCGAAAGAAGCAUGAGGGUAUAUGUCUAGCGGGUUCUAAUGCUUAUUUUUUUGUGAUUGGUCAUAAGAAAAAAGGUUCACCCGAUGUGGUUACUAGUAUGUUGAAAGUCUUCCAGCUUGAUGUGAAUGCUUUACUCGACACUGUUGCUACCUUGUCUUUUGUGACACCAUAUGUGGCUAUGAUGUUUGAUAUUCUUCUGGAUGUUUUGUUAGAUCCAUUUUAUGUGUCUACUCCUGUUGGUGAUUCUAUUAUGGCUAAGAGGGUCUAUAGAAUGUGUCUCAUAUCCUUGUCCCAUAUGCUUGAUUUUGAUGUUAUCCUUGUUAUGGAUUGGUUGCAUCCAUAUAUGCUUCUAUUGAUAGAAGAACUGGUGUAG